AUGCAGGAGUUUGAAGUACCACUUUAUCUCCAUGCAGAGUUUCUGCCAAACAUCCGUCAAAUAACACUCUAUGUUUCCCUUCCUAGGGGCGCGACAUUUGACGGGGUCCGCCCAGAUAUCCAACUCUCACAGUCCAGAAAAGCCGUGACAGUUUCAUUACCCAAACCCUUCGAAGAUGUAUCGGAGACAAUUAAGCUCCCAGCGCGUGUUAGCGACGCGUCUCAACUCGCUCUCCAAUCCAGCACAGGACCAGCACCAGAAGCUGGUGGAAAAUCCUAUGAUUUUUCUUUCCGCAUGCAAGUCGAUGCCAACGAUGAGGUGCUGGCGCCUCGAGAUGAACUAAUUGAUGACUUUGUGCCCUGGACAGCAGAAGAAAUGUCCCCUUUGACGCGGAUUCGGUGUCGGUGGUGUGCUCAGAAUUUCCUUAAACCUUCGUCGACAUCAGAUGAUAAUACUGAUAAGACUCCUCCUCCCCAGGGGUGGAUCUGGAAAGAUCUACCCAGUGGCAACUGGGCUGAAAUGAUGGACUUUUGGCAUUGCCAUAAGCCAGAUCCUCAUGAAGGCCAUGAGAAGGACCAGAAGGAUUCUGCGCUUCAGAUCGAAGAGCAAACGGCACAGACCAAGGGUUAUGGUGCUGAUAGUCAGGUCGUGGCUAUACCUCGAACUGUGCUUGUGGAUGUUGCCACUUUUCUACUUACUGAAUCAGAUUGCACAGGACUCGAAAAGGGCAACGAAGAAGAACAAAAAUCCAACAUCGAAACCUCUGCGCAAAGAACACUGGACUGCACCAAUUGCAGAUCCAUAAUUGGCAUGGAAGACCCUAUCGCCAAGGGAUGGCGACUCCUGAAAGCGAACGUCUCCUUAAACACCAACAAGGCUUCCGAAUCAACCAUACCAGAGUGGGAGCAUCACCCAACAGAAACGAUAGUCGCAGCUCAAUUACUCGAAUUGAUCGAACGGGAAAGUGCUCGUCGAUUUGUCGUUCACUGCGGUCAAAAGACCGGCCUCGUGGUAAGCACUCAUCUCAAUCCACCUAUACCGAACCAACUGACAGUUUACGCACAGCUUUGGGUAUUUAACCCCGACAUGCGAUACUCGAAUUCCAGUGCUGGCCUUACUAUAAUGGCCCAGCAUGCCAUGAAAGUCUUCUAUCAAGAAUCCGCCGAUGUGGACACUUUGCUCCAUCCAGAGAUCGGGAAUCCGUCACCCUUGUCCGUCGAAGAAUUGGAGUUGCCAUCGAUGAUCUUCCAAGCGAUGGCAAAUGCUUUGACCAGCAGCAACUCGAUGCUUCCGGUGUCCGCAAGGAGAUUCAACGAGUGGCAUGUUGGGCUGUUGAGUCGAUUCACCCGUGGGAAAGCUUGA